AUGUCGGACGGCCUGCUGCAGGUGGAGAUCCCGGACUUCGGCAGCAGCGUGCUGGGCAGCCUGAACCAGCAGCGGCUGCUGGGUCACUACUGCGACGUGUCCAUCCUGGUGCAGGGCCAGGCCUUCAAGGCUCACCGCGCCGUCCUCGCCGCCUCCUCGCUCUACUUCAGAGACCUGUUCAGCUCGGCCGCCGAUUCCUCCUCCUCUUCCUCCUCCGCCGCCGCCUCCCCCUCCUCCUCCCAGGCGGUGUUCGAGCUGCCGUCCUCGGUGACGCCGACGUGUUUCCAGCAGAUUCUGUCGUUCUGCUACACGGGCCGGCUCAGCAUGGCGGCCAGCGAGCAGCUGGUGCUCAUGUACACGGCCGGCUACCUGCAGAUCCAGAACAUCGUGGAGCGAGGCAUGGAGCUGAUGAUGAUGAAGGCCUCCUCCUCUUCCUCGCCGCUCUGUUGCGACUCCCAGACGACCUCAGCAGACGAGCUGGGCAGCUACGACACGGCGCUGCAGCAGCAGGUGGCGCCGCAGCGAGCCGGCCCGCCGCAGGAGGCCAGUCCGGACCAGCCGAGCCUCAGCCCCGAGGAGCUGCUGCUGGCCGUCAGCCGGAUCAAACAGGAGCGAGCCGACACGCCUCCGGCCGAUGACAUGGGAGGAGCGGGAGGAGACGGAGGGGAGGCCAGGCUGGAUGUUGCAGGAGACCUCCAGGCCUCCAGGGGCAGCGCUCUGUGUUACCUGGGUGCAGGUGGAGGUUUGGUUCCUGGCCUGCAGUCCUACCUGCUGGCCAGCGGGGAGCGUUCCAGCCCAGGAGGCUCCAGCCUCCCCACCGACUCCCCCCCCUCCCACCCUGCCACCGAGGAGGAGCUGGAGGAAGAUUACUAUGGCAACGCCGUCCCGGCCGGCCUGUACCAACACAUGUACGGACACCCGGGGAACACCUACAUCCAGGACAAGAUGGAGACGCUGCCCCUCCCACUGGCUAAUGAGCGCCGGCCCUGCGUGCUGAUUGGCCGAGACACCAUGGCCCUGCCGGCCAGUCUGAUCAGUCAGAUUGGGUAUCGCUGCCACCCGACGCUCUACACCGAGGGCGACCCGGGCGAGAAGGUGGAGCUGGUGGCGGGUUCAGGUGUGUACAUGACACGUGGUCAGCUGAUGAACUGUCACCUGUGUGCCGGAGUCAAACACAAGGUGCUGCUCAGGAGGCUGCUGGCCACCUUCUUCGACAGAAACACUCUGGCCAAUAGCUGCGGGACAGGGAUCCGCUCCUCCACCAAUGAUCCGAGCCGAAAACCUCUGGACAACCGAGUGCUAAACACUGUCAAACUCUACUGUCAAAACUUCGCUCCCAACUUCAAGGAGAGUGAGAUGAAUGUGAUCGCCGCAGACAUGUGCACCAACGCCAGGCGAGUCCGCAAGCGCUGGCUCCCCAAGAUCCAGUCGCUCCUCCCCGACGGCCUUUCUGCCCCCGCCUCCCAUCCCCGCAAGGGCAAGAGAGGAGCGGCAGGAGGAGGAGGAGCAGCGGGAGGAGGUGGAGGAGGAAAUGGAGGAGGUCAGGGAGGAGAGGCGGCGGCACAGCCCAGCUCCAGCCCCUUCGAGCUGGACCUGCGGCAGCUGAGCGCCUCCUACCUGGGCCUGGAGGCGCCGCUGUACGCCGAGCGCCGCGAGAGAGAGAGGGAGGCGGCGGCGGAGAGAGAGAGGGAGAAGGAGACCUCGGCCGCCCUCCUGCCUCACCUGCAGUUUGCGGGUUCCCGCGGCGGUGCAGGAGCAGCAGCGGGGGGAGGCGGCGGCGGCGGCACGGGGCCGGGUGAGGAGGUGCUAACAGGCGGGGAGGCGGAGGGAGGAGGAGGAGGAGCAGUGAGAGUACAGACUGAGCAACACCAAGACCCCCCUCCCUCCCUCUCCUCCUCCGCCUCCUCCUCCUCCUCCUCCCACCCCUCCCCCCAGCCUGCAGAGCCCGCCUCCACUAGCAGGGGAUUGGAUGCAGAGGAGAGGGGGGCGGAGCUUCUGGAAGACAGCCAAUAAGCUAAUGCCUCUGCCUACCUGUAUGUAAAUAAACACACUAGCUACCUGUCUCCCUGUCUGUCUGUCCUCCCACCUGUCUUUCUGCCCCCUUACCUACCUGUCUGUCCUCUUACCAGUCUGUCUACUAUCCUACCUGUCUGUCUGUCCUCUUAUCCGUCUGUCUGACCUCCUACCUGUCUGUCUGUCCUUCUACCUGUCUGUCUGUCUGGCUCGGCUCUGCUGCAUGUUAACCAGCCCACUGCAGUCCAGCUCACAGGCCCAUAGCAACAGGACUGGUGAUGAU